UUUGACUCAUCGGGCUUUGUCUCUCCAACCCGAAAAGUAGGAGUCAGAGAACGAAACGGCACUGUUGAGGUGAAGUCCAAUUUCGUAGCUCUUGCGUUUAGCAAAAACGGUGUCGUACGGAGAAAGAGGCUGCGUUUAAAGAUUGCAGAUUAGAGAAAACGCUGCUCACUCACUGCAGCUCCCUUGUUCACGUGGACCGGAGGGCGACAAACGCACGACGGAGGGUGACGGACGCGGUCUUUUCCGGCACGGUCUCUCUUCUGUCUUCGCUCUCCCUUUUCCGGCACGGCCCGAGGCGGUCUCACUUCUCUCACCCUUUUGCGACGAGGUCACCACUGUUUCUGUGUUUUCCGGCGAGGACUCUCAUCAUAUGGACAACUUACGUCAGGAGAAAGUUCAAAGAUUUGAAGAAUUUGUUGACAAACGCCUGAAACCUGAUCUUGUUCAUGCUAUUGCUCAGCGGGACAAGGUAUUUGAACAACAGAAAAUUUUUGCUGAUUUGGGAAAAAACAUUGAAAACCUAGAGAAGAAUAGUGUAACCAGUCUUAGAACUUUGGUCAAUCUUGGGUCUGAAGUAUACCUGCAGGCAGAAGUGCCAGAUACACAACACAUAUUUGUGGAUGUAGGAUUUGGAUUCCAUGUGGAGUUUACUUGGUCAGAAGCUCUGAACUACAUAGAAAAAAGGGAAGAAAAGAUAGCCAGGCAGAUAGAGGAGUACACCCAGUUGAUUGCAUCUAUUAAAGCUCAGAUUAAGCUUGUUUGUGAAGGGAUUCGAGAAUUACUGCAACUUCCAGCUGAGAAAUCCCUACCAGAACGGAUAUUUUGAUAAUUACUGAAGAAAUGCAUGUGAGCAGACCAGAGAUUGAUGUUUAUCUAGGGCGAAAGAUUGCAUCUCUUUCUCUGACCUUAUAUCAAAGUACAUGAAGAUAUAUUGAACGUCGUUAUGUUGUCUUGUUAACCUUUUUGUUAUGGUGUCCUGUGUUUGGUCUUGUGGCACUGUGAUGCCUCAAGGUUUAUUUUUGUUAGCCAUUAUGUUUAAACUCGAUGGUUAUGGGAAAUCAUUUGAAGAAUGGCUAGUUUAGUUUUGCAUUCAAAUAAUUUGAGAAAAACAUAGCUAAUGUAUUCGCAUAAAUGCUAGCGGAAAGUUUGAUAAUGGAAGAUGGCAGUUGCUUCCUGCACCUCCAUAAUUUCUAACAUUCUAA